UGAUUGGAAGGUUUCCUUUGUUUCAAGAAUUUAGUAAACAAAAUUCAAAAAAAAUGGCAUCAUGGAAGAAAACAAUAGCAACACCAUUCAAGAAGGCAGCAACAUUCUUCAACCAACCACAGCAAUCUCCACGAAAGGGUUGCCGAAUGGAUGCAAAAGCGAGAGAAGAGCACGAGAGGAGGAUGGUACAAGAGCUUCAAGGAGAAGUCAUGGCUUGUGGUUACGAUGAUGUUCUUGUCAUGUGGUCUAUUCUCGACAAAUCUAACUCCUCCAAUAACCUCACUUCUUCUUAACCCCAAACCAAACACCAAACAAAAAAAAAUGGUUUUCUUAUCCGCUUUAUGCACAUAUAUCAAAAAGCGGUACUAGCCCCUCCAUAGCAACCACCUCCUUCUCAUCUUCCUUCUUAUAUUUUCUUAUUUUGCGGUCAUGCGUGGCUUCCUUUAUAAGGUCUAGUGAAUUUUUUUCUCGACGAAUUAUCGUCAAGAAUUUGGAGAUGUUUACUCUUUUUUUUUCUCUUUUUCUAAUCCACGUGAUUAUGUCACGGUGGGAUUUUUUUUUUAAUUCUGGAGAAAAAAAAAUGUCUUCAUUUGAGUUCUAUAUCAUUUGUAUGAGAUAACUGGUAUAAUUGUUUAAGAACUCAAGAGCUAGCUAGUUCUCCAUAAUGUAAAAGCCAUGUAUUGACCGAAGUUGCACAUGUGUUAAAUUAUUAAUCACAAGACCAUAAAAGUCCAUGGUAUUGAGAUUGGAUUAUGAAACUGUUGCAAUGUAAACAGUAUUCAAGUCACCGACAAUUUUGUUUUUGUUUGGACCAACUA